UGGGCGCUCGCGCUAUAAAACCGACUUUAAUGCGUCCUGACGCCAAAUUCUGAUCAGAGACUAUAAACCUGCUGCUGCUGCUGCUGCUGCUGCCUCUUGGUUGUUGGAGACUCUGUGUUUAAUAUUUAACAAGGAUGGAGAACAAGUCCUACCUGGUCCAGAUGAGCGGCACCGGGGUCCUCGGCAAGGCCACGGUCAACGGGAAGGCUCUGAACGGGAGCGCCGUCAACGGGAAGGCGGUGCUCGGCAACGGGAACUUCCACCACGUCAGCGUCAACGGCAGCUUGUAUCCGGCCAAAGCCAAGAGCCGGCGGCUGCGGUGGGAGGUGAAGCCGUCAGAGAUGGCCAACAACACGCUGAACCCCAUCAGGGCCAUCGUGGACGGCAUGAAGCUGAGCCCCAACCCCGACAAGCCCAUGAUCGCCCUGUCCAUAGGUGACCCCACCGUGUUCGGAAACCUGCCCACAGACGAGGCCGUCCUUCAGGCCAUGAGGGACGCCGUCGACUCCCACAAGUUCAACGGCUACGCUCCGUCUGUCGGUUACCUGAAGAGUCGGGAGGCGGUGGCCAACUUCUACAGCUGCCCCGAGGCGCCGCUGGAGGCCGACGAUGUGAUUCUGACCAGCGGCUGCUCCCAGGCCAUCGACCUGGCCCUCAGCGUCCUGUGCAACCCCGGGGACAACGUCCUGGUGCCCUGCCCCGGCUUCUCCCUCUACAAGACCCUGGCCGUGUCCAUGGGCGUGGAGGUGAAGCUCUACAACCUGCUGCCGGAGAAGGCGUGGGAGGUGGACCUGCAGCACCUGGAGAGCCUGAUCGACGAGAGGACGUCCUGCCUGAUCGUCACCAACCCCUCCAACCCCUGCGGCUCCGUCUUCAGCAAGGAGCAUCUGCAGAAGAUCCUCAAAGUGGCCUCCAAGCACUGCGUCCCCGUCCUGGCCGACGAGAUCUACAGCGACAUGGUGUUCCCGGGCUGCGACUCUCCCUCCAUGGCGUCCCUCAGCAGCGACGUGCCCAUCCUGUCCUGCGGCGGUUUGGCCAAACGCUGGCUGGUUCCUGGUUGGAGGAUGGGAUGGAUCCUCAUCCACGACAGGAACGACGUGUUUGGGUCCGAGAUCCGUCAGGGCUUGGUGAAGCUGACGCAGCGGAUCCUGGGAGCCUGCAGCAUCGUCCAGGGGGCGCUGGAGAGCAUCCUGAACAACACGCCGCAGAGCUUCUACAGCAGCACCAUCAGCUUCCUCAAGUCCAACUCAGAGACGUGCUUCAGUGAGCUGGCCACCGUCCCUGGACUGAACCCCGUGAUGCCUUCAGGAGCCAUGUACCUCAUGGUCGGCAUCGACAUGGACCAUUUUCCAGACUUUAAGAACGACGUGGACUUCACCGAGAGGCUGGUGACGGAGCAGUCCGUCUUCUGUCUGCCGGCUUCGUGGGAGGGGACUAAUACACCUGAGGACGACUGA